AUGGCUCCCGCGGGCGAUUGCUCCAGCCCGCUGCUGCAGGAGCCGGGCGCGGCCGCGGAAGCGGGCGACCGGCACGCCAUCAAGUGUGUGCUCGUGGGCGACGGCGCCGUGGGCAAGACCGCGCUCGUCGUCAGCUACUCCACCAACGGAUUCCCCAGCCGAUACGUGCCCACCGCCUACGACACCUUCACAGUGGUGGUCCGGGUCGACGGGCGGCCGUACAGCGUGCAGCUCUGCGACACAGCGGGCCUGGACGCGUUGGACCCGGUGCGCGCGCUGUGCUACCCGGACGCCGACGUCUUCCUGGUGGUGUUCAGCGUGGUGGCGCCGGCGACGCUGCGCUCCGUGGAGCGGCGCUGGGCGCCCGAGGUGCGCCGCUGCUGCCCCGACGUGCCGCUCGUGCUGGUGGGCACGCAGGCCGACCGGCGCCGCGACGCCCGCCUGCUGGCCGAGCUGUCGGCGCGCGGCCAGGCGCCCGUGUCGAGCGCCAGGGCGGCCGAGGCCGUGCGCGCCGUGGGCGCCGCCGUCUACGUCGAGACCUCGGCGCUCACCCAGCGGGACCUCAAGGAGGCCUUCGACCAGGCCAUCGUCUGCGCGCUGCGCCGCCGCGGGCUGCUGCGCCCGCCGCCCCCGCGCCGGAAGAAGCCCUCGGGGCUGCUGUGCUGUUGCCGCCGCUAG